AUGACAGUUUCUGAGUCGGGUAUCAGUAUAGCUAUUGACCGUGGUGGAACAUUUACAGAUGUGAUCUACAAAUGGGGUGAUAAGGAAGGCACGUUCAAGCUUUUAUCAGUUGAUCCUUCGAAUUACAAAGACGCAAACAUUGAGAGUAUCAGAAGAGUGUUGGAACUGACUUCUGGGAAAUCUAUCCCAAGAGAUCAACUUCUCGACACUUCGUCUAUUUCUUCAAUUAGGCUGGGAACUACGGUGGCGACAAAUGCCCUUCUGGAGCGCAAAGGUUCAAGAUGUGCUUUAGUGACUACAAAAGGUUUCAAAGAUUUGCUUCAUAUUGGUGAUCAAUCGCGUCCAGACUUGUUUGCACUGAACAUUGUGAAGCCCGGCGUUCUUUUCGAAAAGGUUGUUGAAGCAGAUGAACGUGUCACUAUGCCAGCAUUUUUGGUUGACCCAACUGGCUAUGAUGCACGUGAUCUUCUGGACGGUAAAAAAUACGUUGAGGGUAAAACAAGAGAAGUCUUUGAGAUAGUCAAGCCUUUAGACACCGAUAAAUUGACUCGUGAUCUGAAAGAUUUAAAAGAGCAAGGAAUAAAUUCUGUUGCCAUUGUCUUUAUUCACGGCUACAACUAUCAGGAACACGAAAAACAGGCCGGCGAGAUCGCAAAGAGUCUUGGAUUUGGAAAUAUCUCUCUUUCUCAUGAGGUGCUACCGGUUAUCAAAACUCUUCCCAGAGGCCAAUCAACAGUUGUCGAUGCCUACUUGACUCCUGUAGUGAAGGAAUAUAUUGACAGCUUCUUGGCUGGGUUUCAACCAGGCUUUGAGAAACACACAAGAAUUGAGUUUAUGCAAUCUGAUGGUGGAUUGUGCUCCUGGAGAAACUUUUCUGGACUACGUUCGCUGCUUUCGGGACCUGCUGGAGGUGUUGUUGGUGAGGCAAAGACGUGUUACGAUCGCGACAACAACAUUCCUGUGAUUGGAUUUGACAUGGGUGGAACUUCAACAGAUGUCUCAAGAUAUGCGGGCGAGUAUGAAUUCUCGUUUGAGUCCAUCACCGCUGGCAUCAAUAUCGCUGCUCCACAAUUAGAUAUCAACACUGUCGCUGCUGGAGGCGGCUCCAUCCUUGAAUACGUCAAUGGUGUCUUCAAGGUUGGACCCGAGUCUGCUUCUGCUCAUCCAGGUCCUGCAUGCUACAAGAAAGGUGGACCGUUAACCGUGACUGACGCUAAUUUGUUCACAGGAAGAAUUUUGCCUGAGUUUUUCCCUAAGAUUUUUGGUCCAGGCGAAAACGAACCUCUGGACUAUGCCAUCACCAAAAAGAAAUUCGAGCAACUAGCGCAGAUCAUCAAUCGCGACAACCCAGGUUUCCCUAAAACGGCUCAUGAAAUUGCUCUUGGAUUUUUGAAGGUUGCCAAUUAUCAAAUGGCAAAGCCAAUUAGGGAGUUGACUGAGGCCAAAGGGCAUGACGCGUCUGCUCAUGCUAUGGCUUCUUUUGGUGGUGCCGGAGGGCAGCAUGCUGCAUCGAUUGCCAAGAUUUUGAAGAUCAAGAAGGUGCUUAUUCACAAGCACUCUUCGAUCUUAUCGGCAUACGGUAUAUCUUUGGCCGAUGUGGUCAACGAGCAGCAGAUUCCAUGUGCCAAAGUUUACUCCGAUGCCACUAGAGAUGAACUCCUCAAGGAGUCAGAAAAGUUGAAGGAAAAGGCUGUCAUGGAGCUGGAGGCUCAAGGUGUUAACCCAGUUACUGUGUCCUCGACAGUUUACCUUAACAUGGGCUAUAAGGGCUCAGAUACCAAGAUUAUGGUUGCACGGCCAGUUGAUGAUGACUUUUUGUCUGCAUUCUAUAAGACUCACGAAAGGGAGUUUGCCUUUAACGAUUACGACAAGCCUGUCCUGAUCACUGAUGUCAGAGUCAGAAGCACUGGAAAUACAUCAAACGAAACAAACGAGAGGUCUCCAUACAAGGACUAUGAUUCAGUGACAAAAGUUGCCGUUCAGUCAGGAGUUGAAGAGAAAACCACUCCUAUUGUUUUCGACGAAGGUGUUAUUGAUUCCAAGGUCUAUCUUUUGGAAAAGCUAGCCCCUGGAAUUGUGGUGGCUGGACCAGCACUUAUUCUAGACGAAACUCAAACCAUUGUGGUGACGCCCGAUUCUUGUGCCACCAUUCUUCCAAGACAUGUUGUCUUAGACGUCGAUGUCGAGUCGAAAAGCCAGAUCAGCACAGACUAUGUCGAUCCUAUCCAACUUUCGAUCUUCAGCAAUAGAUUCAUGUCCAUUGCGGAGGAUAUGGCUCGUACAUUGCAAAAAAUUGCUGUGAGUGCCAACAUCAAAGAAAGAUUAGAUUUCUCCUGUGCUUUAUUCGACAAUGAAGGAAACUUGACAGCGAACGCACCUAAUGUGCCAGUCCAUCUUGGCUCAAUGUCCAGCGCUAUCAAGUAUCAGCUCGAAUAUUGGAAGGACGACCUUCACGAAGGCGAUAUUCUCUGCACAAACUCUCCGAGCGUUGGAGGAACGCACCUCCCAGAUAUAACCGUGAUUUCUCCAGUGUUCUACCAGAACAAAAUCCAAUUUGUGGUUGCAGCUAGAGCACACCAUUCGGAGAUUGGUGGAUCGUCUCCUGGCUCGUCAUCCUCCUACGCCAGAGAGAUUUACGAGGAAGGUGUUAACAUUGAAACAUGGAAGAUUGUGGAAAAGGGAAAACUAGAUUACGAGGGCCUGGAUUAUCAUUUCAACGUGGCUCCUAGAAAGCAUGGAGUUUCUGGAACAAGAAACAUUGAUGAUAACAUUUCAGAUUUGAAAGCUCAGAUUGCAUCUAACCAGAGAGGUAUCAAUCUUUUGAAGGAUCUGUUUAACGAAUAUGGCAGUGAGACAGUUCUUUUCUACAUGCGAAAUGUUAAAAAGACUGCAGAAAUGGGAGUUCGGAAUUUCUUAAUGAAAUUUGCUAACGAAAAUGCUGACCGACUGCCAUUAACUGCCGUUGACUACCUCGACGAUGGAACAAAAGUGCAGGUUAAAAUUGACAUCAAUCCACAAGAUGGAUCCGCGGUGUUUGAUUUUACUGGAACAUCUCUUGAAUCCUACAGCAACUUGAACGCCCCUAAGUCUGUCACUGCAUCUGCUGUCAUCUACGUUCUUAGAUGUCUGGUGAAUCUUGAUAUUCCGCUAAAUCAGGGAUGCUUGGACCCUUGCACGCUGAUCAUUCCAGAAAAUUCCCUAAUCAACCCAAGUAGAUUUGCUGCUGUUUGCGCCGGUAACGGUAUGACCUCUCAAAGAGUUACAGACUGCUUAUUCAAGGCAUUUGGUGCAACAUCCGCCACUGGAGGGUGCAUGAACGGUCUGAACUUUGGAUCAGGCGGUGAAAAUGAGAAGGGUGAGCUUAUCAAGGGCUUUGGAUACACUGAAACGAUUGGACAAGGCAAUUGCGCUGGAAUUGUUGAAAAAGACGGCAUUAGGAUCGGAUUCCACGGAUUUUCGGGUACGCAGACGAACAUGACUAACACCAAGAUCACAGAUCCGGAAAUUCUUGAGCAAAGAUAUCCAUGUCUUCUCAUUCAAUACUGUAUUCGCGAGAAUAGCGGUGGACGUGGUAAAUGGAAUGGAGGUAACGGUUUGAUAAGAGAGAUUCAGUUCAACUCCCCUGUUCAUGUGUCGUUGGUCACACAACGACGCGUUUUUGCUCCUUGGGGUAUUUACGGUGGAGAGGAUGGAAAGAAGGGAGAGAACUAUCUUGGAAGAAAUAGAGGCAAUGGCGUCAUCCAAUGGAUCCAGUUGCCGUCACUUGCUGAGAUUGCAAUUCGAAAGGGAGACAUUGUGAAGGUGUUGACUCCAGGUGGAGGUGGAUUUGGCAAAGUUGACGACACUGAUGAGUUCUGGGGAGUGGGAGUUGAGACGAGCAAAUACAAGCAUAUUCCAGUGUCUUCUGGAACUGUGGGAAAUUUGCAAAGUGCCCUAAACUCGUCGCAAUAG